AGAGGAAAAGCGCGCCAGGAACGGCAAGGGGGUGGGGGGGGGCAAAGCUGGCGGCUCAACCGCCAGCGGCGGUCCCUUCUGCGACGCCGCCCCCAGCCCAACCUGAGUUGACGAGACCAGCCCUGCGGGAAUCGUCGACCACCGAGAGGGACUGACUCAACACCGCCGACCGUCACGUGGCCCAGGCAGAACUGGCCGGUCGCCACGCCACAGGCCCGAUCAGCCGCCGUUGGCAAGAGGAAGGCAACAUCACCGACCAACCAGCCAGCCAAGACCGAGAGAACAGCGCCGGUAGUCCCCCCCCCCCCCCCCCCCCCCGAAGAGUCCGAGUGGACCGUCGUAGUGAGCGGACUGAAGAAACACCUUCAUCAGUACAUGCAGGGGAACACGACAGACCCGACCAAGCUCCGUGGCAGUUACCUCAACGCGGACUGGAGACCCCUGGAGGACGGCAGCGAGUACGAACUUCACAGUAAGAUGUUCGGUACUCACCACACCGUAGUCGUGACACACCGGAGGGAGCAGACCUAUAGACAGACCAUACUUUCGAACAAGUUGGACAACCGGAAUCUACAUAAGAUGAUCCGAGCGGUCUGCGGCCCCGACUACGGUACGGUAGUCAGUACCCUGUUACGACGCCAACAUCUGCUGCCGAACCUCCGGAACACUCCAGCCUCGCCGACGUAACAACCUAAUGCAGGCGUCACACUGUCCCGAAAUUGACACCAGAUGGACACACGAUAAAGGAAAUGUUCAAAUUCGGAUCUGAUCGUAAAAACAUCGGGCCAUUCGUGAGGGCAUCUUAAGCCAUCGUAUGACCGCCGGUUGAGUUUCUCAGGCUCCGACAGCAACUUCGUGAGCGGUGGCAAAAUCUUUGGCAUACCAAAAAAUUGCCGAAAGACCUUGCGAAGGUUCAUUUUCGUGUUGAAUUCAUGUGUCCAUUUUGCCCUUCGUAAAGCCAUCGUGAGUGCAUCUUGUCAAAUCGUGUCAUCUUAGUCUUUACUUCGUGUGAUGAUCGGUGCCAUCGGGCAUUUUUCGCCUCACGAAGACAAUACGAAGGAAACAAGAAGCUGCCCGAUUGUCUUAGGAAGGCAACACGACUACGUGAAGCCCUCGCAAUGCCGUCGUGUAGCCAUCGUAUUAUAGUACGAUGACAUCGAGAUGGGACCACGGUGUCGGCGAAGACAGCCGAAUUUGAGUAGCUCAAGCGUUUCACAUGUGUCAUGGUAACGUGGACAUAUAAAAGGCCAGCCUCAGAGCAUCUUCCUCAGUCAGUCCUGAGCAACUCUACAGAGCAGAGGCGUGUGUAACUCCCAAAGCUUCAAUCACAAUUAAUCACAAUUCAGUUCCUGCAGAAUGGCAUACUUUCAUGAUGAGACAACCAGGAAAAAGAAGGCAACAGCAUUGCUCCUUUUGAUGCACCUCAGAGAACAUGAUGAGCAACUCUUACAGGCCCAGCACCUCCUCUUACAGGGCAGGGGCAAACUGAGGCGAAGGAGGGAACCGAGGUCUAUGUGGGUCAGGAAAUGGCUGUCUGACAAAAGAAGAGAACGCUAUGGCCACUAUAGCACUCUACUAAGGAGCUGAAGACAGAAGAGAGAAGGCCUUCUACAACUACACAAGACUUCCCAGAGGCCUCUACGAUGAGGUCCUGCGAAGGGUAGAAGGCAGAAUAGAGAAGAAGGACACAUGGUACAGAAAGCCUCUCCCUCCUGGUCUCAAGCUGUCCAUCACUCUACGACACCUGGCCUGCGGUGACAAUUAUCCAAGCCUGUCCUACAACUUCAGAGUUGCUCCAAACACCAUCUCCCUUAUUAUUAAUGAAGUCUGCGAUGCCAUCAAAGCCGAGUUUACUGCAGUGUCCUACUACAACUGAAGAGUGGACCGCCAUUGCUGAGCAGUUUGAGAAGAGAUGACAAUUUUCACACUGCUGUGGUGCUCUGGAUGGCAAGCAUGUGGCGGUCACCUGUCCUUGGAAUACUGGCUCUGUGUACAGAAACUACAAGGGCUUCUUCUCCAUUGUCCUCAUGGCCCUGGUCGACGCAGACUACAAGUUUCUCUGGAUUGAUGUUGGCUCUGAUGGUUCCAGCAACGAUGCCAGUAUCUACAAUGGGUCAGAACUGAAGGAAGGCCUGGAGAGUCCGAACAACAUAUUCAAUCUCCCCGAAGAGAAGUCUCUACCUGGUGAUGACGUUCCUGUCCCAUACUACAUAUUAGGGGACAAUGCUUUUGGGAUCAACAAGAGCCUGAUGAACCCGUUUUCCAUCAGAAACAUGGAGCACCAUGAGAGAAUAUUUAACUACAGACUCUCCAGAGCCAGGCGUGUAGUGGAGAAUGCUUUUGGUAUUCUGGCACACAAGUUCCGAAUUUUGCUGAGGACCAUGAACGAGAGGCCAGAGGCAUGCAGAAAAAUCAUCACAACUUGUGUGAUCCUUCACAAUCUCAUCAGACUGAGAUAUCCAGCCACCCACAACAACCUGAUGGACUUGGAGGACCAGAACCAGAAUGUCAUCCCAGGGGCAUGGAGAAAUGACAAAGUACUUCUGGAUGUUUACCAUGAGAGGGCAAGGAACACUGGAACCCAGGAGGGGAGGCAAAUUAGAAGAUACCUGGGCCACUACUUUACCUCAAAGGCUGGUUCGGUGCCAUGGCAGGACAAGAUGAUCCUGCAAUUAUUCCCACAAAGCAGUGACAGUAAAAUGAAUACAGAGACACUAACAUUGUGAUGAUGAACAAAUUAUUUUCACAUAUUGCAUUGUAACUUAAAGCAAAAUGUGUAUAGAGUAAUAAAUUUUGUUUUUGA